CUGGAUUUGGCUGGACACGGACGCGUCACCUUUUCGACAUCACUCCUGCUUUGCGUUUUCUCAUGGUGGUGCGCUCUCAAUCUUCUGCUGCUGGCGUCCUUGCCUUGCUUUCAGAGCCAGAUGCUGUAUUCAAGCAACAUGCUCUCAAAGCUCUCAAUCCUUUGGUUCCCCGUUUUUGGGCUGAAAUCUCGGAGCACAUUGCCCUGAUUGAGUCUUUAUACGAGAGCGACGACCUCCCUAAAGAUGCACGCGCCUCCGCCGCCCUCCUUGCCAGCAAAGUUUAUUACUUUCUCGGAGAAUAUGACGAAUCCCUCUCGUUUGCGCUGGGUGCCGGAAACAACGCGUUCGAAAAUGAGGCUCGUUCACAAGGAUCUGAAGAGUAUGUCGAGACGGUUGUUUCCAAGGCCAUUGACCGUUACAUUCAACUACGCACCGAGGAACAGAGCGGUAGCAAAGCCGAAAAGAUUGAUCCCCGGCUGCAGGAUAUCAUUGAAGGCAUAUUCAGUCGCUGUAUCGAGGACGGAGAAUUUAAGCAGGCUAUCGGCAUUGCCCUUGAAUCGCGUCGCCUCGAUGUUGUUGAGCACAUAUACAAACACACAAACGAUGUCUCCUUGUUGUCAUAUGCAAUGGAAGCAGCCUUGGAUACUGGGUUUUCACUUUCGUACCGGGACCAAGUCUUGCGGUUCCUCUUUCCUCUCUUCCCCCAGUCUUCAACCGAUGGAUCCCAUGUACACACAUUAACACGGCUUCUUAUCACCCUUGGUGACUCUGGUCUGACCAUACCGCUUUUCAAGACAAUGGUGCCAUCGAAUAAACUCCUGGCGUACCAGCUGGCUUUCGACCUAGUGGAAGGAGGCGCGCGCGACUAUCUGGAAAGCAUAAGGAGUGACCUCCCUGAGGGCCAAUCUGAAUCGAAGGAAAUUUAUGACAAGAUACGAAGUAUACUAACAGGCCAAGAAUCCGUCAAGAUAUACCUCGAAUUCUUGAAGCGAAACAAUAAGGUGGAUUUACUGAUAUUAAAGAACACCAAGGACGUCCUGGAAUCACGCUCUUCGAUAUACCAUACCGCUCUUACAUUGCAAAACGCGUUCAUGCAUGCCGGUACAACGUCAGACCUUUUUCUGCGGGAGAAUUUGGAAUGGUUAGGGUUGGCGUCAAACUGGUCCAAAUUUACCGCAACGGCGGGACUUGGCGUCAUUCACAAAGGUUACUUUGAACAGGGAAUGACGAUCCUUGGCCCGUAUCUACCUCAAGGUGGAGGUGAGAGCACCAUGCAGGGGGCUGCGUACUCUGAAGGUGGGGCACUGUAUGCCUUGGGUUUGAUCAGUGCCGGGUGUGGAAGCUCGGUUACUGAUUACCUUCGCGAGACUCUGCGCUCCGCCCAGGGUGAAGUCGUGCAACAUGGUGCCGCGCUCGGCCUUGGUAUUGCUGCAAUGGGAUCUAAGAACGCAGAGACAUUCGAAGACCUCAAGUCUGUCUUGUUUAUGGAUUCGGCAGUUGCUGGAGAAGCGUCGGGUUACGCAAUGGGUUUGAUCAUGCUGGGCACGGCAGCUGCUGAUCCAGUUUCUGAAAUGCUUACCUAUGCACGGGAGACACACCAUGAGAAGAUCAUCCGUGGACUAGCAAUCGGUGUCGCGUUUGUUUAUUAUGGUCGGCAGGAAGAAGCUGAUAGUACGGUAAAGUUGCUUCUGGCAGAAAAGGACCCCAUCCUUCGCUACGGAGGAGUAUACACUUUGGCACUUGCUUAUGCAGGAACGGCGAACAAUGACGCGGUUCGCCGUUUACUUCAUAUAGCCGUGUCCGAUGUCUCCGACGAUGUUCGAAGAGCGGCUGUAACAUCCCUUGCUUUCCUACUAUUCAAAAACCCCAGCCAGGUGCCUCGAAUCGUGCAACUAUUGUGUGAAAGCUAUAAUCCCCACGUUCGCUGUGGUGCCACUCUUGCUUUAGGGAUUGCUUGCGCGGGGACUGGUCUUCAAGAUGCCGUCGAGAUUUUGGAACCCAUGACACGAGAUAGCGUAGAUUUCGUUCGACAGGGUGCGUUCAUUGCUUUGGGCAUGAUCCUUGUAGAACAAUCAGAUGCGUCAUCGCCGUCUCUUGCGUCCACCCGUUCGCUCUACACCAAGGUUGUUUCCGAUAAGCACGAAGAUCCUGUUGCACGAUUUGGUGCUGCUAUAGGGCAGGGACUCAUCGACGCCGGUGGCAGGAAUGUGACUAUCAGUCUACUGAGUCGUGCAGGAAGCAGGAACACGAAUGCAAUCAUCGGCAUGGUCAUGUUCUGUCAAUUCUGGUACUGGUAUCCGUUAGCUCAUUGUGCUUCCUUGGCGUUUGAACCUACCGGUAUCAUCGGCCUAAAUGCUGAUCUCAAGGUACCGAAAUUCGAGUUCGUGUCAAAUGCCCGGCCAAGCCUGUUCGCUUACCCUGCGUUGGCGAAACCACCCAAGAAAGAGGCGGCUGCUAAAGUUGCGACGGCGGUCCUGUCCACGACCGCAAAGGUGAAAGCACGAGAAAAAAAGAAGGCCGCAGCUGAGGGUGAUGCGAUGGAGACUGAUGAACCGAAGAAAGAAGGAGAUGGAGAUAUCGAAAUGAAAACAGAGGAAUCGCCUGCUAAAGGGGGCGAUAUCUCUCCUAUAAACGGUUCAAUGUCCAAUCUUGCAGAUGACAGCAAGACUUCAACACAACCCACUACCACGGCUGCCCCUAGUCCGAAAUCUCGAAAAUCUGAACCAUCUUCUGAGACGUUGCCCAAUUUCUCGCGUGUUACCCCCGCACAGCUUUCAUACAUAACGUUCCCAAGUGAUGGGCGAUACCAACCGGUGAGAGCCGUUUCUUCCAAGGUGACGAUUAAAGCUGGAAGGGGAGGCAAAUUACCGACAUCUGGGAUCAACUUGUAUUCAGGAGGUGGAGGGAUUCUUCUGCUAGCAGAUCUGCGGCCUGAUGAGGAGGGCGAGUUCAUCGACCUUGAGCCUCGCGUGGAGACUGCUCCGGCUGACGCUGAGCCUGUAGUAGGCAACGGUAACGCAGUUGGUGCGGUACCCACAGGUCGUCAUGUCGCGCUGGAUGAGAGCACUCCAGAAGCAGAUCCACCGGAAUCGUUCGAAUAUCCAUUUGACAAUGAUACUGGUUCUUUAACCAUGUCGCAAGCUCCCAUCCGUGUUGUCGUUCUCGACGAUUAUCAGCAGGUUGCUUUGAAAAGUGCCGAUUGGACAAGUCUAAAGCAACGAGGAGUAGUUGUCGAUGUAUUCGUUGAUGCCAUAUCGAACGAGGAGGAACUGGUGACUUGCCUGCAGCCGUACGACGUAAUUUGCGCGAUGCGGGAGAGAACCAAGUUUCCCAGAUCUGUUUUAGAAAGGCUCCCAAAUCUGAAAUUCAUAUCUACGACAGGGAUGGGGAACAGAAGCCUUGAUACUGAGUUUGCAAAGCUGAAAGGCAUUCUGGUAUCGGGGACUCAGUCAGCAGGCAACUCGACCGUAGAGCACAUCUGGACGCUCAUCCUGGCGGUUGCUCGAUAUAUUGUCAUUGAAGAUAACAAUGUCAAAAACAAGAAUCCACAGUGGCAGACAGUGGUCCCAUUCGGUCUCGCAGGCAGAACCCUGGGCCUUGUUGGUGUCGGAAAACUUGGUACUGAAACUGCUACGAUUGCAAGGGUCUUCAAGAUGAGAGUUCUGGGCUGGUCUCCGAAUUUAACAGAAGAGCGAGCAAAGGAGGCUGGGGUUGAGCUUGCUAGUUCGAAAGAGGUGUUGUUCAAGGAAAGUGAUAUUAUUUCCGUUCAUAUGGUUCUGGCGCCGAGCACUCAAGGCAUGGUUGGACCUGCUGAACUCGCGGUAAUGAAGCCUACGUCGUUCCUUAUCAAUACAUCGCGGGGCCCACUUGUACAGGAGGAAGCAUUGGUCGAUGUACUGAGAAACAAGAGGAUAGCAGGCGCAGGAUUGGACGUGUACGACGUUGAACCGCUGCCUCUGGACCAUCCGCUCCGAACUCUGAAAAACGUGACCCUGAGCCCCCACAAUGGGUACGUAAACGACACGAAUUACGAGACAUUCUGGAGACAAACGGUAGAAAACAUUGAAAACUUUUUGGAUGGAAGCCCUACACGACAGCUGUAAAAUUAGAAUACAAUACCAGGUCUUUGAGUGGAAAAUAAAAUUUUUAAAAAGC